AUGCGGCCGCCAACGUCCAGCCUGCGGUUCCGACCUGUCUCUAUCCCUCUUUCCGGGUCGUUAUGCAGUUUUACAAGCUGUCUGAACCAUCACUAUAGCCGACGACACCGUUAUGCGUCGUGGAACAGCGCGGUCGAAAUACGGGCGUACCACAAUCAAACGCCUGUCCACGACCCGUUAAAAAUACUUUACCUCGGACGCGACGAGUUCUCUUGCUUGGUGCUUGAAGAACUACACAAAGCACAAGAUGUGUGGCAGGAGCUGGUGGUUGUGACGACCCCGGACGCAAAAGUCGGCAGGCGAGGCUCGAAAUUGACUGUUUGUGACGCCUUAAAGACCCUGGGGCAACACCUCAGCCUACCCGUGCACUUCGUCCCGCCAGGGAAGGGUAAAGACGUCUUGAAGACAUGGCAGCUACCGCCACCAUUCCCCGAGCCAGGCUCCGCCCCGCCUCUCUCACACAUCAUCAUCACUGCCUCUUUCGGGCGCAUCCUCCCCAACUCCGUGCUUAACCUCUUCCUACCGAACAGGCGUCUCAACGUGCACCCGUCCUUGCUGCCGGCAUAUCGCGGGGCCGCACCCAUCCAGCACGUUCUCCUGGAUGAACAGAAAGAGACUGGUGUGUGCGUUAUUGAGAUGAUGGAACGCGUGAAGGGGAUCGAUGCGGGUGCGAUCUGGGGGCAGGAGCGAGUUGCUAUUCCCGAAGGGGCAGAUUACGCUGACCUUCGUGAUGUGUCGGCUCAAACAGGUGGCAAACUCUUGGUCUCCGUUCUUCGUGACAUGCUGUCUGGCAGAGCAACGUCUCAGCCACAAGCAGAGAAUCCCGCAGCUCCUCGGGCACCUCUUAUCACCACUGCCGACGCGGUCAUUGACUUCGAGACCAUGACCGCGGAGCAGAUCACGCGACGUUCGCGUGCGUUCUCGCAUCAGGUAUCUCAAACCCCUCGUAACUCUCUCAAGUCCGAGCGAACCCUCCAGCUGCACUCUCCUACAGUUCAUGUUGACUCGACAGACGUGCUGGCGCAAUUGCCUGCUCCUGGGACGGCUGUCUACGACCGAACAGUGAACUCUCUUCUCGUGCGCUGCGCUUCCGAUACGGUUCUCAGCGUACCGCAGGUGAAACAGCAAGAUCGCACGCUGCUGAAGGCGAAGGACUGGUGGAACGGGGUGCGCCCCGAGUUGCGGUUGACCGGCGGUGAUGAAGGGCCAGUCCAGUUCCUGCGUCCCGCACUGACUGAGCCAUGA